UUAUCUGCGUCUUAACGGCUCUGUUGAAUCAAAUUGACGCUUUUUACAAACAACACGCUUCAUUCAUCGAAAGACCUCCGUCUUGAAGGCAGCCGCCCGGAGGCAGUCUUACUCGAGAUCUCACCGAGUUGAGCCAGAUCUUCGGACCUCCACUUUGAGCUCUCUCUCACUAAUAUCGUUCUGUGGGUGCGGAGAGAAAGACCACACAAUAAAUAUCAAUUACUAUCUUGGCGCGUUUCCCGCACGAGGAAGACUUAUUGUGGAGAUUUUCUGCCCCUUUGGCACAGCACCCUUAUUUUGUACAACAACGUGUAUCAUUUCACCGAAGUGAUUCAAUUAAUUGUGGCCAAUUGAUAGAGCAAAUAAAAAAAAUCUCAGGGGUGGACAACUAAAUAAUGUGAAGACAUCUCAAUUAGGAAUAUAUGGCACUUUGGAACAAAUUAGUGGUGUGUGUGCUUUGAAUAAGAAAAAAAAAGAGAUCCCGAAAAAAGGAUAUUGCUUGUUUCUUAUUGAUUUAUCCUCAAGGACUCCUUAGAAUUCGGUAACUAUGGAUCUUGGGGGUGUGAAUGCGAGUAAUGAAGUGCAAGACAGUAAAAUCAAUGGUGACAAAAUCACCAAUUCCAGUGCCAAUGGGCCGAGCGAUGUGGGUGAGCAGAAGAAGAGUAAAACGAAAGAGGAUUUAAUUGACGAAGCGGCAAUGAUGAUCCUCAAUGGGGAGGACUUUACACUUGAGCCAACUACCACAAAGACGCGCACGGGACGAAAUAAGGAUCAUGUGAAGAGGCCGAUGAAUGCUUUCAUGGUGUACGCUCAAGUGGCGAGAAAAUGGAUCUCAAAGUCGAAUUCCAAUCUGCAGAACUCGGAAAUUAGCAAACGUCUCGGUGAACUGUGGAAAAGGACACCCGAGGAUGCUAAACGUGUAUUUAUUGAACGUGCUGAAGAGCUACGUCAGGCACACAAGAAGGAGCAUCCUGACUAUAAAUACCAACCACGGCGAAAGAAAUCCAAGUCAUUGUCAACAUCCACACACUCCAGGUCCACUUCCACAUCUGCCAUGUCUCCAAGUCACACGCGCCACAGUUCACGAAGCUCCAAAAAUUCCGUAGCUCAAGUUGCCGACUUGCACGGCAACGCACAUCACCAUGAUGACCUUGCGUUGCCAUCAUCCCUAUCGGCGUCGUCAAAGUAUCAGCAGUCAGCUAUGCAGGACUUUGUCUAUCAUCAUCAUCCCUACAGCGGGAAAACCACAGCGGCUGGGAAGAAUUCACCCUGCUCGCCGGGAAGCUCAAAUAAUUCAGUUCACUCCGAACCGAAUCCCCUAACGCCACCAGCUACCCCGUCAACGCUAAUGAAUGCCUACAGAACGGCUUCUCCUUCGGCUUCACUAAAUCUUCAUCCUCGCAACAAUUCUCCGAAGGAUUCACAAUAUUCCCAGCGCAGCCAUGGAGAGGAAUCCGGGGGCUUUGCAUACCGCAAUGAUCUCAUAAAUAUCCGAAAUGAUUUUUAUGCUUCCAAUUCUCCAUCGCGUGAGGCAACAUUUCUGCACAAAUACGGAUCAACUGGUCAACCAACAGAUCCCUACAGGAUAUUCCAGACAACACCGCAGACCUACCAUCAGCCGGGCAUUCUUGGGAAUUCCUACCUACCCACUGCACCACCAACCUUCCCCCAACCCAUCGAUACGGAUGUUGAUCCGAAGGAGUUGGAGCAGUAUCUGGAGCCACCGGUGGCAACGAAGAAAAUCCCCUCGUACCCUUUCAAAGGAGACGAGCCGAAUCUCCUGGAACUCCAACCAACUUCCGGGCCUGCACCUCUCGGGGAUAUGGCUCCGUGUCACGCAACCACCUCUUUCAACUCCAUGCUGACACUCCCUGAAUCAUCCGCCAAUAUGUAUUACUUCGAAGUGCCGUAUCAGUAUCCACAUACCUGGGAAAGCUACUCCAGCUCCCAAUCCUAGUACAGAAUAAUAAAUAAUAUAAAAGACAAUAUCUCCCUCAUAGAGAGCUGUAUUCUUCUCAAUUUAGGAUCUUUCAAAUUAGUUGUAGGAAUGUUCUUCCUUUAAUUUUUCCUGUAAGUUAAAGACAAUUUAUAAUGUAAAGAAGCAAAUAAUUAGAGAUAAAAUUGAUAUAAAAUUCCAAGAAUAAAAUAAAAUAUUUUCAUGACA